CCGCCCCUCCCCGCCCCGCCCCGCCCCAGAAGUCUCUCGAGAAUCCUGCCGGACCUCGGAGUUGCACCGUCUGACUGCUCUGAGGUCCCGUAGCUCCGUGCUGUGAAGUCUGAGGGUAGUGCUUCCGGGCCGCAGCCUAGGACGCCUCCGCGGCGGUGCCUGGGCAGCAUGGCCGUAUUCCGCUCUGGCCUCCUGGUGCUGACAACGCCGCUGGCCACCUUGGCCCCACGUCUGUCUCCCAUCCUGACCUCGGCGGCUGGCCUGGUCAGUCACACCCUCUAUGUGCACCUGCAACCGGGCAUGGACCUGGGGGGUCCCGCUCAGCCCCAGGCCAGCCCCGUGCAGGCCACCUUUGAAGUUCUGGAUUUCAUCACACACCUCUACACCGGCGCCGACCUGCUCAGGCACCUGGACGUCAGAAUUCUACUGACCAAUAUCCAAACCAAGAGCACUUUUGUCCCCGUUCUGCCCUCCGUUCAGAAUCUGGCCCAGCCUCCAGAAGUAGUACUGACGGACUUCCAGACCCUGGAUGGGAGCCAGUACAACCCGGUUAAACAACACCUGGAGCGUUAUGCUACCAGUUGUUACAGCUGUUGUUCACAGUUGUCUUCCAUCCUGCUGUAUCCGGAUUAUGGAACUGGAGAGCUGCCCGUGGAGACCCCGAAUGCCUCCUUACCCUCCACCAUAAGGCCAGCUUCCCCAGUGGCCAGAUCUUCAAAGCAGCCUGUGCGUGGCUACCACCGUGGGGCCGUGGGUGGCACUUUUGACCGCUUGCACAACGCCCACAAAGUGUUGCUCAGUAUUGCAUGUGUGCUGGCCCAGGAGCAGCUUGUGGUGGGAGUAGCAGACCAAGACCUGCUGAAGAGCAAGCUGCUCCCUGAGUUGCUCCAGCCCUAUGCCCAGCGUGUGGACCAUCUGAGUGAGUUCCUGGUGGACAUCAAGCCCUCCCUGACUUUUGAUAUCGUCCCCCUGCUGGACCCCUAUGGGCCUGCUGGGUCUGACCCUACCUUGGAGUUCCUGGUGGUCAGCGAGGAGACCUAUCGUGGGGGGAUGGCCGUCAACCGCUUCCGCCUUGAGAAUGGCAAGGAGGAACUUGCCUUAUACCAGAUACAGCUGCUGAAGGACCAAAGUCACGGUGAAAAUGAGGAGGACAAGGUCAGCUCCUCCAGCUUCCGUCAGCGGAUUCUGGGAAACCUGCUUCAGCCUCCAGAUCAGAGGCCGGAGCUCCCAUCUGGGCUCUAUGUGCUCGGGCUGACAGGCAUCAGUGGCUCUGGGAAAAGCUCAGUAGCUCAGCGCUUGAAGAACCUGGGAGCAUAUAUCAUUGACAGUGACCAUCUGGGCCACCGGGCCUAUGCUCCCGGGGGCCCUGCCUACCAGCCUGUGGUGGAGGCCUUUGGAGCAGAUAUUCUUCAUAAAGAUGGCACCAUCAAUAGGAAGGUCCUGGGCAGCCGGGUGUUUGGCAACAAGAAGCAGAUGAAGAUCCUCACAGAUAUUGUGUGGCCAGUUAUCGCAAAGCUGGCCCGAGAGGAGAUGGACUUGGCUGUGGCUAAGGGAAAGUCUGUGUGUGUGAUAGACGCCGCUAUGCUGCUGGAAGCCGGCUGGCAGAAUAUGGUGCACGAGGUGUGGACCAUUGUCAUCCCUGAGACCGAGGCUGUACGACGCAUCGUUGAGAGGGAUGGACUGAGCGAGGCAGCCGCGCAGAGCCGGCUGCAGAGUCAGAUGAGCGGGCAGCAGCUGGUAGAGCGGAGCCAUGUGGUCCUGAGUACCUUGUGGGAACCACAUGUCACACAGCGACAGGUGGAAAAGGCCUGGACUCUUCUACAGAAGCGCCUCUCUAAGACCCACCAGACCAAGAACUGACAGUGGAUUUUCUGUGGCACCAAAGUGGCCCCUGGAACUGACAAAUCCGGUGGUGAGGAGGAAUGGGGGCCUCGAUGUCCACCCUCUGGCAGGCCUAUGGGGCUUCAAGCUAAGCUGUGCAGGACGCAGACAGAAGCCUGGAAGGCUGCCUAGCAUGCUGGAAUUUGGCCAGCAGUGAGGCUGUAGCCAAUGGGGGAGCAGUCCCUCUAGGGUUCCGUCCCCUUUAGUGGUGGAUGUGAUGUCUGUCUACCGUUGAUGGGUUGUGGCAAACACUGGACCCAGUAGCCGAAUUAAAGAUGUUCCCAAGGC